AUGGCUUCGAUUCUGGACCAGCUCCCUAUUCCCACCGUGGAUCGCCCCUUUGGCAUCCACCUGUGGCCCAUCUUCGACAAGGCUUGGACUGCCGUCGUUGGCUACCCUGCCGACGACUUCAAGUUCGUGCCCUUUGAGACCCCCAUGUCUACUCUCAAGUCGACCUCCAUCUUCAUCGUCGUCUACUAUGCCAUCAUCUUUGGUGGCCGCGCCCUCAUGCGCAACCGCGAGCCCUUCCAGCUCAAGACGCUCUUCCUCAUCCACAAUUUCUACCUCACUGCCAUCAGCGGUAUCCUCCUGGCUCUCUUCAUUGAGCAGCUCGUGCCCACCCUCGUCCGCGGCGGCAUCUUCCACGCCAUCUGUGACCACUCAGGCGGUUGGACCCAGCCUCUGGUUGUCCUCUACUACUUGAACUACCUUACCAAGUACCUUGAGCUCCUCGACACCGUCUUCCUUUUCCUUAAGAAAAAGCCUCUUACCUUCCUCCACUGCUACCACCACGGCGCCACCGCUCUUCUCUGCUACACCCAGCUCAUUGGCUCGACCGCCGUGUCCUGGGUUCCCAUUACCCUCAACCUGACCGUCCACGUCGUCAUGUACUGGUACUACUUCCAGAGCGCCCGUGGCAUCCGCAUCUGGUGGAAGGAGUGGGUUACCCGUCUCCAGAUCAUCCAAUUCGUCAUCGAUCUCGGCUUCGUCUACUUUGCCUCGUACACCUACUUCACAUCGACCUACUUCCCCUCCAUGCCCAACGCUGGCAGCUGCGCCGGCGAGGAGUUUGCCGCCUUCGCCGGCAUUGGUAUCCUGUCUUCGUACCUGGUGCUCUUCAUCUCCUUUUACUUUGCCACCUACAAGAAGGGCAGCAAGCAGACCACCCGCAAGUCGCUGCGCCGCAUGUCGCAGGCUCCUCUGCCCGAUCCCCUCGCCGUCGCCGCUGCCACCAACGGCCACGCCAACGGCAAGACCAACGGUGCUACCACGACUGGUGCCAAGACCAAUGGCACCACUACCCGCUCCCGCAAGGCGUAA